AUGGUCAACUACGCGGACUUUUUCGAGAAUUAUUUCUCGGUUCAGGUCUUCUUCAUCAUCUUCCGAGAGACCAUUGAGACGGCGAUUAUCAUCUCCGUGCUUCUGGCGUUCCUCAACCAGGGUCUGGGCGAUAAUGUGUCCCAGAAGGACUUGCAAGUGUAUCGACGGCUUGUUACCCAGGUAUGGCUGGGUGGAAUCUUCGGUCUGCUCAUCUGUCUGGCCGUGGGAGGUGCGUUCAUUGCCACCUUUUACAUCUACGGACACGAUCUGUGGGGCAUGACUGAGAACGUGUGGGAGGGCGUCUUCUCCAUUGUCUCGUCCAUCAUUAUCACCAUCAUGGGAGCCGCCAUGCUGCGAAUCAACAAGAUGCGAGAAAAGUGGCGACACAAGAUUGCCAAGAUUCUGGUCGAGACCCACGAGGGCCACGGCGGCUGGGGCCUCAAGUACCUGUCUCGAAAGUACGCUCUGGCCAUCCUACCGUUUGUGACCACCCUUCGAGAGGGAAUGGAGGCCGUGGUUUUCCUCGGCGGUAUCGGUGUCAACCAGCCUUUCUCUGCUUUCCCCCUUCCCGUCAUCACCGCCAUUGCCCUUGGUGCUUUCAUUGGUUACGCCAUGUACAAGUAUGGCAACGCCAUCUCCAUCAACUACUUCCUCAUUGGCUCCACGUGCUUCCUGUACCUGGUGGCCGCCGGUCUUUUCUCCCGUGGAGUGUGGUUCCUGGAGCUGCAGCAGUUCGUUAACAGAGUUGGUAUGGACGUAUCUGAGACCGGCUCUGGACCCGGCUCCUACGACAUCACCAAGUCCGUGUGGCACGUCAACUGCUGCAACGGUCAGACCGAUGGAGGAUGGAUGAUUGCCAACGCGCUGUUUGGAUGGACCAACUCGGCCACCUACGGCUCUGUCAUCUCCUACAACUUUUACUGGAUCUUCAUCAUUGUGGCCGUCUACGUGUCUUUGGUCAAGGAGAAGACUGGCUACAACCCCCUGUACCCUCGAGCGUGGCAGUCCAAGAAGUUUACUCGACUUCCUCAGAACGACGACGAGGACCGACUCUUCCAGCGAGCCUCGGCUGUUUACUCCGCUGAUAUGAACGUUGAGGGCCAGGGCACUAACAAGAGCUCCCAGUACGGCACCAACAGCAUGCCCAACUCGGCCAACACCGCGGCCGAGAACCGAGAGUCUGUGGACUCUGACGCUCCUCUUCUUGCCAGCACUUCUUAA